UGGAUUUCGUGUGCUGAAGGGGUUAACUAGUGAGUUGUGCUAUAAGAAGUAUGAAGUCUGUGUUGCUGAUUGCUCUUAUCUUGGCUCUGGGCAGCUGUCAAGGUGCCGAAGUGGCCGAACCUUUGUCAGCCCAGGACCGUUCUAUCUCCAGCGUGAUUCUGGAAGGAUUUGAGGCGUUUAGGGGAGUCUUGCAAAAUGGAAGUCCGGACUAUGGAAUCCCCGUAAUGGCACCCAUGAAGAUGGCCAAGAGAUCCCUGGAUUUCAGCUCUGGCGAGUUCAGCGGAACUCUGGCAGUCGAAGAUCUUGUGCUGCAGGGACUCGAUCAAUACGAAAUUCUUGUGAUGAAAAUGGAUAUGAUCAGGAGUCGCUUCCAAUUCGAGUUCAACUUUCCCAGCGUCAAUGUGACGACCCAAUACGAUUUGGACAUGGGCAGUGGCUAUCGCAUGAAGCGCAGCGGUGGCGCCUUUUUUGCCCUCGAGAAUCUGAACAUUCAGGGCAGGAUCAGCUACUCGCUGGGUGUGUUCACCUCCCAGCUGCGCGUGAAGGAUGUCCUGGUCUAUCCCUCGGUGGGCAAUGUGAAAUCGGAGAUUGAGAACCUUUCCAAGUACCGCAUCUUCAAUCGCAAACUGAACGAGGUCAUCGAGGAGUUCGUCACCCUGACGAUCAACGACAACACCGACUUUGUGGCCUCCUGGGUCGAUGAACAGGCCACUCCCAUUUGCAACGAUCUGAUCGGAGAUCGUACUCUGAGUGAUAUCAUUGGUAUUAUCACGGGAGGAAACUAAUAAUGCAAUAACCAAUAAAGUCGACAGUAUUUUCCAACUCAAA